AUGUCGACCAAAACCCCUGAAAAGCUAUACACCAUCAAAGACAUCCCUUAUAAGGGCUUGGGUUUCAUAGCCGCUAGAAAGAUUGAAAAAGGCGAGCGCAUUCUUUCUGAAGCUCCCUUGAUACGGGUACCAAGGUCCACAGUCUCCAAGACACAGGUGCAAGAAUGGAUAUGCAGGGAGGUCGCCGCGCUGAGCCAAGACGAGCGGCAGUCGUUCUUUGCUCUACACAACGCGUUCAAGGACAAAGAAAACCGCGAGCUGGGCAUUGUACACACAAAUGCCCUGCCAUUUGGAUCUAAUGCCUCUGCAGGCGGUGUCUUUGUUCAAGCGUCACGAAUCAAUCAUGCUUGUUUGCAGAACAGCCAGAAUACAUGGAAUGAAGAUCUUCAGCAACUGACUAUCCACGCUUUUCGUGACAUUGAAGAAGGCGAAGAGAUCACUAUAUGUUAUCUCCAUGAUCGCACAAACUAUUCCCAACGUCGUCGAGCUCUGCAGCAGCGCUUCCGAUUCACCUGCUCCUGCCAGCUAUGUUCCAUGCCACCGCCCCAACGAGCUAUCAGCGACGCAAAACUAGAUGAAAUACAGCGCCUGGACGAAUUGAUCGGCGACGGAGCACGUAUGACUGUUUCACCCCUAGAUUCUCUACGCGACAUACGUAAGCUGCUCCAGCUAUGCGAAGAGGAAGACCUUGAGGAUGCGAGCGUGCCACGAGCAUACUAUGACGCCUUUCAGAUUGCCAUUUAUAAUGGAGACGAGGCGCGAGCAAGAUUAUUCGCUGAUAGAGCCUAUAAAUCUCGGGUUAUACUGGAAGGUAGCGAUAGUCCCACAGUGCGCAAAAUGAGUGACCUGGCCAGAGAUCCCACCAACCAUUCAUCCCAUGGCUCCUCUUCGCGGUGGCGAAGCUCGACCAACGAUAUCCCUUCUGGUCUGUCAUCAAAAGAUUUUGACGCCUGGCUUUGGAAGGAAAAUAGUAAAAUGCCAAGUCACAACCAGACAAUGGGCGAGACGCCGUAUGCCAAUCUACGUAACGACGCGACGUUUCCUUCGUUUGAUGCGCUCCCAGAGGAGAACAGCCUCGACCUAAGUUUUUUUGAGUCCGAAGACGGAUAUUCUUAUCACCCCCGCAAGCAUUGGUGCUUCCUUGCAGAGAUUGUCAGUAUUGAAAUUUUCAUGCGGCUUAGGCUCUACAUUAAGGACAAAACAAAACAGAAAACCUCGGUGUCUUUUUACACUGACGACCGUGGCCAUGAACUAAAACCUUCAGCCUUAAAAGAGGGAUACACAGUUGCCAUUCUUUACCCGGAGCAGCAUGGAUUCCUUGAUAUGACAGUAGGAAUCCGGCAUGAAAAUCGCAGCUUGCUGAAGGUAAGCUUGCUUGCACUUUUACCCUUUUAA